GAGCAAGAGAAGGACAAGGAGAAAACAAACUACUUUCCCCAGUGCGAAUGAUGAGUUUACACAGUGAAAGAGCCACCUGUUGAUCUUUGACUCAUUCAACAAAGAAGUCACGUCAAAAACUAACCUGAAAAAUUCCUGGUUCCCACUGGCAGAACACGGGGUGCAUUGGCGACCAUGGAAAACUUCAUGGCACCACUGAGCACCAUCAGUGAGCUUGGGCUUCAGCACAGCAAGGCGAAGUUUCUCCACAGCAAGGUGCGUGGGCCCUCCCGGCGCAAGCGGGAGUUCAUGCCAGAUGAGAAGAAGGACAACAUGUACUGGGAGAAGAGGCGCAAGAACAACGAGGCAGCCAAGCGCUCACGGGAGAAGAGGCGUCUCAAUGAUUUUGCCAUGGAGAGCCAGCUGACUGCUCUCAGUGAGGAGAAUGCCAUCCUCAGGACAGAGCUGCUGUCCCUGAAAUUGCGUUUUGGGCUCAUCAGCCCAGACACCAGCACCCAUCAGGGCUGCUCUGUCCAGGACUUGCUGGGAAUUUAUUUCAGAGGACACAAAGCUGUCCCCCUAUUUCCCGAGGCAGAGCCCUUUGCUAGGGAUUCCUGCUUCUUCAGGACAAACAGCUUUGUGCCAGAGGUGCUGGAGCCAGCUGACUUUUCAUGCAAAAGCUUUGACCCAUCCAGAAAUAUCCUCAGCCCUGACUCACAGCAGGCUCUCGUGGGCACCCAGUGUGACUUUAGCCUUCACCAGUCAAAGAGGCUUGAUUCAGCCUUCAGAUCCACAGUUUGCUCUCCUUUCCUCAAUUACCACUGCCCAGGCAAAUAUGCCUACCACUUCCCCUUGUCAGACAGCACCUGCUUUUUGUCCGCUUCCCCCAGCCUCACUGAGAUGAGCAAAGAAAGCACCAGAACUGUCUCAGAUGAAGAUGAUGAGCAACAAGUGCCCAAAAUUUCUCCCCUACCCCUAUACAGCCUUCCCUGCCCUUCAGAAGAUCGCCCAAAGGGCCGAAGCUAUUCUGCUCUGCCUCACAAACUCCGGAUUAAGACCAAAGCCCUCAGCAGCUGGGAGGAGGGCAGCUUGGACUCCCACUGACAUCGCAGAAGACUGGCCUGCUCUGGGAGGCCAACGCAAGACCUUAAAGACAUGAGGGGUUUGGAAGGAGGGAGGGGGAGAGAGGGAAAUGUCUUAUGCUUCAAAGCGGGAAGUAAUUUUCUCUGUUUUGCGUAAAUGAUAGGGGGUUUAUAGGACUGGGUUGCAUCACUACAGCACAGUUGCAUUUGACACCCUGUGUUGGCCAUGAUGCUGCACUUGCCAUAGGAGACCUGCCAGGUCCUGUGGUCACUAUGUGAGUAAGUCCCAGUUUCACCCUGCUCACACACCAAACUGAAGUGUGAAAGGAC